AUGUGGUUAUUUGGUUCUAUCGUACAAAUAGCAUUACUGUACAAUCUAGUGCUUCCCACUGCGAAUGGCGAGUUGGCAGACGAAUUCGAACACUAUCGAGAGUGUCUUGAAAAGGUGGAGAAAGAUGUUGGCGAGGAGCGGAAAAUAAAAGUUGUUCAUGCCGUUCGUGGAGCUGAUGUCAUUCUUCCAUGCUUUACCUGUGUCUCUCCGGAAGAUGGUGUGGAAAUUGAUUCAACUUACAAACCAUCAGCUGGGAGUGUGGGACGAUCGCUGAAUUAUAUUGUUGAUUUCUUCAAAGAGAAAUUCCUUCGCUCCUCAUUCUCGAUGCCAGACGAGAAUCGUUGGAAGUUCGAUUGGGAGUUUGCAAUGAUGGGUCGAAUGUUCGUCCCACUCUCGAGUAUGCAUUUCGACGCUUCUGAAUCCAUUUCUGACCGUAUACACCGGUUCACUUCGAAAGAUGAAGCUGAAUUCAAGCUAGGCGAUCGCUAUGAGCUUGUUCUAAAGAAUGUGGAUGGGAAUAGUACGGGACAUUAUAGAUGCAUGAAUCGACAUGGGAGAAAUGUGAUCUCGAAUAUGUAUUUUCUAGAAGUCUCUAAUGAGAAAAAUAUUAUUCCGCUAAAUGGGACUAUAGGUGUUGAAAAGCUUCCAUCCGUUGCGUUGAAAUCUGGAAAACUCGAGAAACUUAAUCUGAAAUAUUCUGUGAAGGCUACCGACUGGAGUAAAUGCAGUUAUUGUUCUUCGGAUCGUGGGGAACAAACUAGGUCCAUAAAAUGUUAUGUUGAGCCUUCGACCAAAACGACAUCUCAAAAACUGGAGCUUCGAUAUUUGUUACUAUAUGAUAAGAUCCCUUGUACUUCAACUUUAGUUCCACUUCCCGUACGAAAAGAGUUGAAGAAAAUGGGAAAUGAUAAGAUCUUUCUGGAAACCCGGCCUUGUUUUGAAGAAUGCACUGGAGCCGAAGAGCUCAAUCGAAUUGUGAAUAGCUCUCAGGAUUUGGGAGAUAUUCGGACACUUGACUAUCUUCCAGGAGGAGAAUUUGUGUUUGGAAAUGUGUUGCCGAGACUUUUACCACCAGUUGUUCGAAGGGUUCAGCUAGUUCUCUCCAAUGACCCCCAAGUGUUGUCCUGCCAAAAACUGAUUGAUUUGAAUACCGGUGUUCAUUGGUAUAGUCUGAAAAAUGGUCCAAUUCAACAUUCGACGAUACAUGAGAUGUAUCAGGAGAGAGCGUAUUUUGAUGAGGAUACGAAUUUGGUUUUUCGACAGUUUACAAUGGAAGAUGAUGAUGAAUAUUUCUGCUACUCCUCUAACAACAUCCUUCUUGGAACAUUCCACAUGCGAGUCGUCGAAAGUGACCAACAUCAUCAAGUCAUCGAAGUCGUAAUGCAUGUCCCUCUACUCUUCCUCCUCCUUCUCUUUGCCACGUCAUCAACCACAUCAUGCUUCAAGAUUCUGGUGAGCGUUCCGAAAUUCGGUUACAGUCACAUGAAUACCAUGGGCAAGUUGGCGGAUAUUCUCGUGGAGAGUGGACAUGAUGUGACUUUUUUGAUGCCAGUCGACGUACCGAUUCCACAGAAUGGAACUGAACUUGCAAAGGUCGUUUUGGUGCCGCCGACUGACGAAAUCUCAAAAAUCAUGGAAGCCUCGAUGAAGGAUGGAGCCGUGGCGAACCUCUGGACACAUUCAGCCAACUCUAAACAGGGAAUCAUGUGGUCAACGGAUAUGAUUGGAAUUGUUUCUUAUCAUAACACUAAAAAUAUGAUUUCCAACAAGGCUCUUGUUCAACAAAUGAAAGAUGAGAAAUUCGACAUUGGCAUCACUGAACUUUUCGAUUUCUCCGGUCUCUCAUUUUUCGAAGUUAUCGGCCUCAAAAACGUUAUUGGAGCUCACACGACGAGUGUCUUUGAAGGAACUCUCAUGGCUACAGGAGCACCGAUUCUUCCUUCUUUUGUACCAGCAUCUCAAACUUUCACGGAUGAUAGUGGAUCUAUUUUAUCCAGACUUAAUAAUUUGUACAUGACUUAUUGGUCAUACGAAUUCCAAAAUAAGAUUCAGGGAUUCGCUCAGAAAGCGUUGAAUGAGCAUUACGGAAAAGGGAAGGCUCCUAAGAUUUGGGACCUGGUGAAGGACAUUACUUGGUUCUUCGUGAAUUCUGAUCCAAUCUUUGAUUUUCCGAAACCCCUUCCUCUUAAUAUCAUUGAAAUCGCUGGAAUUUCCGUGUCAAAGAUUCAUCCAUUAGAUAAAGAAUGGGAUGAAAUUCUGAGUAAAAGAUCCAAAAAUGUGCUCGUUUCGUUUGGAUCCAUCGCCUCGCCGACGACGAUGCCAGAAGCUGUCAAGAAGAGUAUUGUGGACACUUUUGCAGCAUUCCCCGAUGUCACAUUCAUCUGGAAAUACGAUGACACAGAAUCUGGUAUCACCUCUCAUCUCAACAAUGUACAUAUUGUCAAAUGGAUGCCUCAAAAUGAUUUAUUGGCUGACAAACGUGUAUCAAUGUUCUGGACGCAUGGAGGAAUGGGCAGUUUGAUGGAAAGUGCUCAAAAAGGAGUUCCACUAGUCGUUGUUCCAAUUUUCGGAGACCAAAUGAGAAAUGCACAAAUUGCGAAACGACACGGAGUAGCGGUUAUUUACGAUAAAAUGGAGCUGAGCAAUACGAAAAAGUUGAUUGGAACACUAAAAGAAGUGCUCGAAAAUCCAGAAUACAAGAAGUCAGCUGACCUUUUGGCUCAGAUUUUGGCUUAUGAGAGAGUGUCCCCGAAACAGAAAAUUGUGGACACAAUAGAGUUGGCUGGAAGAUUCGGACAACUUCCCAGAUGGACAUCAUCUGGAAAACAGUUCUCACUUUUGAAAUAUUUCAAUUUGGAUCUUGUUCUUUUUGCGAUUUUCUUGGUUUUUGGCAUUCUAGUAUCGUUUGUUUUAUUGGUUAGAUUGAUCCUUGUGAAGCUUGGUUUCUCUGGAAAUAAGGAGAAAUCUGAGUGA